AUGGCGGCGGCUCCCCAAAUCUCCGACGAUCUUCAGAGAGGAAUCCGCGCGAUAUUCGUCGGACCACCAGGAUCCGGCAAAGGAACUCAAGCGCCGGAAUUCGCCAAAAAGUACUUCUCGUGCCAUUUGGCCACCGGCGAUUUGCUUCGAGCCGAAGUCUCGUCGGGUUCCGAGUUCGGCAAAGAGCUGAAGGCGACGAUGGAUGCCGGCAAGUUGGUGAGCGACGACGUCGUCUGCAAGCUCAUCGAGAACAAAUUGCAAAAGCCCGAAUGCAAGUACGGCUUCAUUCUCGACGGUUUCCCAAGGACCACCGAGCAAGCGAAAAAGCUCGACGAAAUUCUCGAGCGUCGAAACACGCCGCUCGACACGGUCAUCGAGUUCAAGAUCGCCGAUGAUCUACUAGUUCGACGAAUCACCGGAAGAUUGUUUCAUAUCGCUUCGGGAAGGAGCUAUCACAAGGAGUUCAAUCCGCCGAAGGUGCCGAUGAAGGACGAUGUCACCGGCGAGCCGCUGGUGUGCCGAUCCGACGACAAUGAGGAGACGCUCAGGAAACGCCUGGUUGCUUAUCAUAACAUGACGGUCCCGCUCAUUGAUUAUUACAAAAAGAAGAAGGUGCACGUCGCCGUCGAUGCUUCAGAAGACAUGGGAAAAGUUCGAGCACACAUCGACGCCGUCUUCACACCAUUCACCGUCAAAAAGGUCGAUAGUUGA